ACAAAAAAAAAACACAGAAACCUAACUACAUCCGAACUCAAAUGGCGAAUUCAAUGGCUACGCUUUCCAGAAGACUCUACCGAUCUCUCCUAUCCAACCCCAGAUUCUCUCAACCUCCCAGAUCUUUCUGCACCAACAACAUCUCCGAUGAGGUAUCAUCCUCCAUCUCAGACACUGAAUCACCCAACGCUUCAGAUCCAAAUCAUCGAUUCUCCGGAGAAGAUCGCGUGAUGGAAGAGCGUCCACUCGAAAACGGCCUCGACGCUGGCAUUUUUAAGGCGAUAUUGGUGGGGCAAGUGGGGCAGCUACCUCUGCAGAAGAAGCUGAAGAGUGGGAGAACGGUUACUCUCUUCUCUGUAGGAACCGGUGGGAUGCGGAACAAUCGGAGACCGUUGAUUAACGAAGAUCCGAGAGAGUAUGCGAACCGUUCUGCUGUCCAGUGGCACCGUGUCUCUGUUUACCCUGAGCGUUUGGCUGAUCUUGUCUUAAAGAACGUUGAACCCGGCACCAUUGUCUACUUGGAAGGUAAUUUGGAGACCAAGAUUUUUACUGAUCCAGUCACUGGUUUGGUUCGACGUAUUAGAGAAGUCGCUAUUCGUAGAAACGGCCGAGUUGUGUUUUUAGGAAAAGCUGGUGAUAUGCAGCAGCCAAGUUCUGCUGAGCUCAGAGGCGUUGGCUAUUACUGA